UUGGGGACGCGUCGCCUGCCGCGCGGAGCUCCCUUAGGUAUCGCCGCGGGCAGGGCUUUUCGUGGAAGGCCCGUGGCCUGGGACUCUGCCGGCCUCCGGCAGGGUCUCCGCAGGACCGCCCCCAUGUUGCGUUUCCCGACCUGUUUCCCGUCCUUUCGGGUGGUGGGCGAGAAGCAGCUGCCGCAGGAGAUCAUCUUCCUGGCCUGGUCGCCCAAGCGGGACCUCAUUGCCUUGGCCAACACCGCGGGCGAGGUUUUGCUUCAUCGACUUGCAAGUUUUCAUCGAGUUUGGAGUUUUCCACCAAAUGAAAAUACAGGAAAGGAAGUGACCUGUCUAGCUUGGAGACCAGAUGGCAAACUUUUGGCCUUUGCUCUUGCUGACACCAAGAAAAUCAUUUUGUGCGAUGUGGAAAAACCUGAAAGCUUGCACUCUUUUUCUGUGGAGGCUCCACUUUCCUGUAUGCAUUGGAUGGAAGUGACUGUGGAGAGCAGUGUUCUAACAUCCUUCUAUAAUGCUGAGGACGAGUCAAACCUUCUCUUACCUAAGCUGCCCACAUUACCAAAAAAUUACAGCAGCACCUCAAAAAUAUUUAGUGAAGAGAAUUCUGAUGAAAUUAUUAAACUCUUGGGAGAUGUCAGAUUAAAUAUUCUUGUCCUUGGAGGAAGCUCUGGAUUUAUUGAGCUUUAUGCUUAUGGGAUGUUCAAAAUUGCUCGUGUCACGGGGAUUGCUGGCACUUGUCUUGCAUUAUGUCUGUCAAGUGAUUUGAAGUCAUUAUCAGUGGUCACAGAGGUUUCUACUGAUGGUGCUUCAGAGGUUUCAUACUUUCAGCUUGAAACCAAUCUGCUGUACUCCUUCUUACCUGAAGUAACUCGGAUGGCCAGGAAGUUUACUCACAUUUCAGCUCUGUUACAGUAUAUCAAUUUGUCACUGACAUGUAUGUGUGAAGCAUGGGAAGAAAUACUGAUGCAGAUGGAUUCUCGUCUCACUAAGUUUGUGCAGGAAAAGAACACAACCACGUCAGUACAGGAUGAAUUUAUGCACUUGCUGCUAUGGGGGAAGGCAAGUGCUGAACUUCAGACCCUUUUGAUGAACCAGCUAACAGUCAAGGGUUUAAAAAAGCUUGGCCAAUCUAUAGAGUCAUCAUAUUCCAGUAUACAGAAAUUGGUUAUAAGUCACUUACAGAGUGGCUCAGAGUCUUUAUUGUAUCAUCUGAGUGAACUGAAAGGAAUGGCUUCAUGGAAGCAAAAAUACAAACCCCUUGGACUGGAUGCUACAGGAAUUGAAGAUGCUAUUACUGCGGUGGGUUCUUUUAUACUCAAGGCAAAUGAACUUCUUCAAGUUAUAGACAGUAGUAUGAAAAACUUCAAAGCAUUUUUUCGGUGGCUUUAUGUGGCCAUGUUGAGAAUGACAGAAGACCAUGUGCUUCCUGAGCUGAAUAAGAUGACUCAGAAAGAUAUCACAUUUGUUGCUGAAUUUCUUACCGAGCAUUUCAAUGAGGCUCCAGACCUUUAUAAUCGAAAAGGAAAAUACUUUAAUGUUGAAAAAGUUGGUCAGUAUUUGAAAGAUGAAGAUGAUGACCUCGUGUCACCCCCUAACACAGAAGGAAACCAGUGGUAUGACUUCCUCCAAAACAGCAACCAUCUUAAAGAAAGCCCUUUGCUGUUUCCUUAUUAUCCUCGAAAAUCAUUGCAUUUUGUGAAAAGGCGGAUGGAGAACAUUAUUCAUCAGUGUUUGCAAAAGCCAGCAGAUGAAAUUGGAAAAUCAAUGAAUCAAGUAAUCUGUAUUCCGCUAUAUAGAGAUACUAGAAGUGAGGACUCUGCACGCAGAUUGCUCAAAUUUCCUUUUCUGUGGAAUAAUAAAAGUUCAAAUCUACAGUAUCUUCUUUUUACUAUUUUAGAAGACUCGCUGUAUAAAAUGUGUAUCUUAAGGAGGCAUACUGAUAUUUCCCAGUCUGUAAGUAAUGGACUAAUUGCUGUUAAAUUUGGGAGCUUCACCUAUGCCACAACUGAAAAAGUCAGAAGAAGAACACAUCUCACCUCUAGCACCUACAGCUGUUUAGACGCCCAAUUUUAUGAUGAUGAAACUGUAACAGUGGUUCUUAAAGACACCAUGGGACGUGAAGGAAGAGACAGGCUCUUGGUCCAGUUGCCACUGUCAUUCGUGUAUAACAGUGAAGAUGCCGCAGAAUAUCAGUUCACUGGGACUUACUCUACAAGGCUAGAUGAACAACGCAGUGUUAUUCCCACACGCACCCUGCACUUUGAGAAGCACUGGCGGUUACUGGAGAGCAUGAAAGCGCAGUAUGUUGCUGGGAAUGGCUUUCGAAAAGUGUCCUGUGUGUUAAGUUCAAAUCUCCGUCACGUGAGAGUCUUUGAAAUGGACAUAGAUGACGAAUGGGAGCUGGAUGAGUCUUCAGAUGAAGAGGAGGAGGCCAGUGGUAAGCCUGUGAAGAUCAAGGAGGAAGUGCUGUCCGAGUCGGAGGCCGAGGCCCACCCUGCCUCUGCGGAUGCUCCAGCCCCAGACAUGGCCAUCAAAGUGGAGAAGCUUGACCCGGAGCUGGACUCGUGAUCCAACUUGCCAUUCUCAUAUGUUUCUGUGGCAGAAAGGACUUAGAAGAUGGACUAAGAUGUCUUGUGCUGUGCUAAUUUUCUUUGUGUAACGAAAUAAACAACCGUUUUUUCAUA